AAAAUCGCAUCCGUUGGCUUCAACCAUCUUGAAUUCAAAGGUGAAUUUUUAUUUAUCGAAUAACUCGUUUGUUUUCGAUUUCACAGAAAAAUCGUAAUCAUCAAAGUUGUUUAGAAUUAAAGUUCCGACAACUUUAGUCCUUAUCAAUUUUUCGCUAGGAUUAAUAUUUUUAAUUUCACCCCCACCCCAGAACGAAAAGCACCCAAAUAAAAGGAAAUUUAAUUUCAAAUAAUUUAUGUUAUUACCACUUUUCGUGUGAAAUUGAGAAUAAACGUGUUAUUCGAUGAAUAAAAAUUCACCCUUAAGUUCAAAAUGGCGGCGGCAGCCAGCAGGUGCGAUUCCCGAAAACAUCAUUCCGAUAACCAAAAUGUAGACUGGUAGUGACCUCCCCCUAAUGAUUCGCGAAGGAAAAUCGCUACUGUCUUUUUUCCGGGUCAGCUCCUUCUUUGAUCUAACUGGACCGGGAUAUUAUAGGCCCCGAUAUUGAAAGCGUUUUGAAAGUACGAUACCCUAUCUAUUCUCAAUGGUACGAGUACGUUUUGAUUGAAAAGUUUAUUUCAAAUCUUAUUCAGCAAUGGAGCAUCAAUACAGUUAAGGAAGAAAGUGUCGCCACACAACGAAGAAUAAGAGAAGCACGAAAAAUUUAACCAAGAAAUAAAACGGAACCGUUUGAAAUGUUUAUCCGUCACCCGCCGUUACAGUUUUUAGUAAUAACAUAGAAACGGAGAAUCUACUGUAAUUGAGAAACCGUUUCUGAAUAAAAUUCUGAGAUGGAACCCAUGACUCUCGGUUCUCCAGUAGGAAGUCCAGCGCAAACACCAGGAAGUCCAGGAGCAAAUUCCACUUAUCUGCCAAAUUUUUUGUUAGGAGAUGCUAAUCAUACUGCUAGAUUGAAUAUAAUGAGUCCCCAAGGUACUCCAAGAAACACCCAAUUUCGAUCAUCCAACACCGGGGGUUUGCCUUCACCAACGUCGAACUAUGGCACCCCUGACUAUCGGACUAAUCGGCAAAAAGCAAUGCUCGGUAAUGUGAUGAGUCCUAACGGGCCACAAAUUGGUUCCGAGGCUCAGACCGGGGGUCCUCCUACAAGAAGUCUGUUCGAUACAUUAGAAUCGCCACAAUCGAUAGGUCCUUACUCCCCAACAGCUGGCUUAAACGUCACCAAUAAUCAGUCCAGAAUGCUAGUAGGCAACAAUAUCAACAAUUCAAUAUUUUUAGAUAACUCUACUAAUUUGUCCAUUAAUGAACCGAUGCAAGGGCUGCUGCAGUGGGUCACUGUAUUUGGUUUUACCCCGAACUCUUUCAAUGCGGUGUUAUCUCACUUGUCAAGCAGAGUGCGUAUCAUUGACAAGCGGGAGGCUCCACAUGCCCAAGGUAAUUGGAUUCACUUGAAGUGUGCUUCAGAACAAGACGCUCAUAGAGCUCUGGCUUGCAAUGGUCAUAUAGUAGCAGGGUCUAUAAUGAUUGGCGUUAAACCAUGCACAGACGAAGGUGUAGUCUUGGGAUCGGAUAAAGAGAAUAUAACCAAGUUAAACAGCAGUGCAGCAUGUUUUGCUACUCCAGAUAGAUUGAAUCCGGUUUCCCCUAAUUACCCCGGCACAUUACUGCCCACAUCACCUCGAAUACAGAACGCCCGUCCUUUGGCAGUAGGGUAUAAUCAGCAUUUAAGUCCUCAAUCAGUUGUAUCCCCAGAAAAUGUGCCUCAGAAAUCUACGGGUCUGGUUUCCAAAGCGAUGGAGUAUAUGUUUGGUUGGUAGUCCAAUGAAACUUUAGAAUCCGCGAUUUCAAGCACCAUUUUGGUCCCAGUUAUCCCGAUCCUAAUUGAUCUGGACAGUACUUUUUAUUCGCCAAAUAAUUAAUUUGGCUUUACAAUAAUCUAGCAUUUGUCAAUGCGCAACAAAUCAUGACUGAUAACAUCUCUACAUAACAUCAGUAUGUUCUUUGCUGAAUAGUUGUAAUUUCCAAAGCUAAUAUGAUUGUUCCUUUUUAGAAAAAUGAACAUCGAUAUGCUUUAUGUAUGCUAACCCAUUCUGUGAAAUAGUAAUAAUUGUAAUAAUAAUUAUAACAAACCAUCAAAUUUUUCGAACUUUUUCCAAUGUUCUUCAGCGUAUGUCGAAUAAUUAUGUAUAAAAUAAAGCGUAAUUUUUUGAUAAUGACAA